GCGGUCAACUCCUUCAAGUCUCAACAGCCUUUACUUUACUUUACCCAAAAUGUCUGCUUUCCGGUCAAAUGGAGGAAGUCGAAAGCCGUACAGCCGACCCAACGUCAAUGAGCAAUGGGUUCACGACAAGGCCCCCGGUGUCAAAAAUGCUCUAAACAACGAUGAAAAACCUCGACUACCCUCAACUACAAACCUGCCCACUACGAAACUUCAAGUUUCAAAUCUACAUUACGAAGUCACUCCCAAAGACCUGACCUCGAUAUUUGGACAAAUUGGCACGCUCGUUCGCGAGCCAAUGAUUAGGUAUGAUCGCAGUGGACGCUCCUCUGGUGUUGCCAUCAUCUCGUUUGAGACACCUGCGGAAGCCACAAGAGCCAAGAAACAGUUUGACGGGAUAUUGGCGAAAGGCCAGCCAAUGUCAAUAACGUACGACAGUGGCCCUCCUCGUGCAAGUCGUAGGGCUGUAAGCGGCUCAGCCUUGAUCAACAGAAUACAGCGCCCGGCACUCAAGGAACGACUUUCGGCGGAUGAUUCUCAGAUCCCAGACUUCGCUGGACCUGGCCCAAUUCGUUCACGACCACGUAGAAGGGGAGGCAAGUCGAGCGUAUCACGACCAGCACCAAAAAAGCCCAAAACUGCGGAGGAAUUAGAUAAGGAGCUCGACGCUUUUAUGGGAGACUCCGACACUUCUCCCGCGAUGACAUCGGCCGCUGAUGUGUCCAAGGCCUCUGAGAGCAAGGCGGCGGCGGUACCCACUCAGGAUGUUGACAUGGCUUGAGAAAAUCUGAUGUGCAAUCAUCUUCACCUUGAAACAUUCAUAUCUAUCAUUUUCCGC